CUGUCACUCUGUGCACCAGAGAACAUCUUCCCCCUCCCUAGUGCUGGAAGUGGACGAGCGACCGGGUAACCCACCCACCACCCCCAUCUCUCGGAAGCGAGCGCGGCUUUCCGCCUGCCCCUGGGUGCCGGUGCUGGCGGCCGGGGACGAUGGUGGGGCCCGGGCCCGGCGGGGGGAGCCCCCUGGAGAACGCGAACCCCCUGAUUUACCGGCGCUCGGGGGAGCGGCCCGUCACGGCGCGCGAAGAGGACGAUGAGCUGCCCGACUCCAUCGACGACCGGGAGAUCUUCGAUCUUAUUCGUUCAAUUAAUGACCCAGAACAUCCCCUUACUUUGGAAGAGCUGAAUGUUGUUGAACAAGUUAGAGUUAACGUGAGUGACGCUGAAAGCACAGUAGUGGUGGAGUUUACUCCCACAAUUCCUCACUGCAGCAUGGCAACAUUAAUUGGCCUAUCAAUAAAAGUAAAGUUGAUCAGAUCACUACCUGAAAGGUUUAAGAUGGAUGUUCAUAUAACACCAGGAACCCAUGCCUCUGAGCAUGCAGUUAAUAAACAACUUGCUGACAAAGAACGAGUAGCGGCUGCUUUGGAGAAUUCUCAUUUGCUGGAAGUGGUGAACCAGUGUUUGUCUGCUCGAUCAUAAUUGCCUGAUGAAGAAAUUUUUGUUUUUCUGGUGUGUUAAGAUAAUUUUAUACAUAAACGGGAUUUCUAAUAUGUAGUUGUUUAUGUUUCUGUGGGCAAAAUAAAGCUACUAAAAUGUAUAAUUU